AUGUUACCACCGUCCAACAGGACUCCACCCACCUUACCUAAUAUAGUUGACAAUGUAGACGAUGAUAAUCAAAUGUGGAUUGUACCUGAAGAGGAUGGGUUUUACCCACACAAGGUAGUUAUUGGUGGUAUUGCUAAUUGCAUUCGGAGUAAGUUUGAAUUGGCUAGACCUUCAUGGAAGAAGUUUCCUGAGUCUAUUCGUGAGAUAUGGUUUGAGGAAUUCAAGAAAGAAGCUGCUGGAAAAGAUCCUUCUGUUUCAAAAUUUUAUUUUCGAACUCAUCGCAAGAAAAGUGAUGGAAGUUGGGUAAAUAAGAAAGCUGAAGCUACUUAUAAUGAGUUUGAAAUAAAGAAACAAGAAAUAUUAGCUGCUCAAAGUGCAUCAGCUGUGGAUAAAGAAACUAAUUUAGCUAGUCAGCUGUCUCAGUUAAGUGAAAUGGAUAUCUGGGUGCAAUCUGUUGGUGGAAAGAAAAAAGGAAGAUUUAAAGGUCUUGGCUCCCUAGGUUGAAGUGUAAAGGCAACUAACAAUUCAAUAUCAUCUUUCCCAAAAGAAAUUGAUGAGAUGAUUAAGUCUCAGGUUGAUACUUCAAAUACUGAUUUAUAUGCUCAGUUGCAGAAUGAGCGAAAGAAAAAUAAGAGGAUAGGAAAGGAAUUACACUUGUUGAUGAAGCAUGAAUAUAACAAAUCAUCUUCAAAUGAUGAACGCCCAUCUCAAGAAGACAAUCAAACUUAUGAGGAUGAAAGUGAUGAUGACUCUGACGACGUGAAUGAGAGUGAUAAACCUGAUAACGUGAAUGAAAGUGAUUCUGAACCUGAUUGUUGGUAGUUUUAUUAAGGAUUCAAGUUUGAAAUAUUUUAUUUUGGACCAUUUAAGAAUCAUACAUUAUUAAUGUGGAUGUUUUGAAUUAUAUUUUUUUGUUAGCUGUAAUGGUUUACAUUAAACUUUUAUU